CAGAAGAUGAAUUGGUAGAAAGUAGUGACGUCUACGGGGGAGUAUAAAUAGAGGUAACGGUCCCCGGUGCUGCAGCAAGUUAUAGCUCGGUGCUGAACGCCAUGCAGCCGCUCUCUUCCCUCGUCUGCCUCCUGUGGCUUCUUGCCCCGGCAUCAGCAUGUUUCAUCCAGAACUGUCCCAAAGGGGGUAAGAGGUCUAGCCACGGCACAGACAUCAGGGAGUGUAUUCCUUGUGGUCCUGGUAAGAAAGGCCAUUGUUUUGGAUCUAACAUCUGCUGCGGUCAGGAGAUCGGCUGCUACAUUGGAACAUCGGAAACACUGAUCUGUAAGGAGGAGGAUAAACUAUCUUCACCUUGUGAACCUGCUGGAAAGUCCUGUGGUGAAAGUGAUGGGAAAUGUGCCACAUCAGGGAUCUGCUGCACUAACGAAAGCUGCACCACAGACCCUGCUUGCCUGGAGAAUGCAGGCAAAUCGAGGCGCUCUUCCCUGGGAAGAAACUUGAGCAUGUUUGACAAUGAUGCAGUUGAUCACCUGGUGAGACUUUUGGGCCCAUAUCCCUGGAAGCCUGCUGGGAAGCAGCAGCUAAUAUAAAUUGAUAUUUAUAGUGUGCUUUCUUGUUGCCUUUGAGAACCAUUGCAGUUUAGAAGGAGCUGGAGGUAGAUCUGGGUUUAUCAAGAGGGCAGAAGCAAUUCAUGAUUGAUUAGCUAAUAUUUACAGAUCAUCAGUCUGAUUACUUUUGUUGAUUGUCAUAAAUAUACAUGAUCAAGUAGCAAUUUUAAUUAAAUCAAAUAGCAUUUUAAUUAUAUCAUUUUUAAUAGUACCAACUCAAUGUAUUAUUCACUUAAUCAGUAACAUGUCAACAGUAACAUUGAGGAAGAUAAAAUGGAUUAUUGUGUAAUGUGAAAUUGCAGUGCAAAUUGAUUGGAUCUCAUUAUCUUGGAAUUGUUUCAAAAAUCAUAUUGGUCAAAUAACAGA